UGUUAAACACAGUAGGGGGCAGUAGAGCGCACAGGAUAUAGGCAGUCUGCCGUGAAUCUCCGCGAAGAAGAAGGAGCCGAAAACGGAAGUGGAGUAUUCUGGUGUCCUUGUGCGACUGUAGACGGACUGUGAAGAUGAACAGACAUCUAUUUGCGCUCCAGCAGGUGGCGCGUCGGACGAUCAACACCUCUGCCCGCCGGCACGUUGCAAAUAAAGUCCCCGAGAAGCAGAAGCUGUUUCAGGAGGACAACGGGCUCCCGGUUCAUUUGAAAGGAGGCGCCGCUGACGCCGUGCUGUACAGAGCAACAAUGGCCCUCACUGUCCUGGGAACUGGAUAUGUUUUGUAUGAGCUGGUGAGGGUGUCGUUCCCUCAGAAGAAAUAAUAACUCUGCGGCUGUUUGUUCCCGUUUAAAAGCCGGCCAGCAGCUCGAUGUCGUAUGAAAAGAUGAAAAUGGUCCUUGACUGUUGGGCUGCGUGUCUCCUGUCAUCCCGGUGGGAAACUGUUUCAUGUUCAUGGGAUCAAUAUUUAUUUCUUGUACUCUCUCUGGUGACCUGAGGAUCAAUAAACAAUUCUUCUCAUGACCAAA